GAGGAAGAGAUGUUAAUUGUUGGUAAAUAAAUAUAUAAAAAGUCAGUGAAUAGAAAGCUUUUUAUGGGAAUUUAAGUGUUAUCGGGGCGGUUUACUUUCAAGCGCAUUUUAUAUCAUUUUAGACCUAUUACCACAGCUGGAUUGAAAAUGUAAUCGCUUUACAUGAAUGGGUUGUCUUAAAUGGUUAUCAUUAACCGACCAUCGUUAGGGCUACCGGCUAGGAUGGCUAAGGUAUCAUAAUUGUAUCGGCUUGUUACAUUAUACAGAAGUGGGCGUUUAAAGGAAACUAUUGCACGGUGAAGUGUUCGUAGGUAAACACAAAUGAUACUGGUGGAUUUGACAGUAUCCAGAUCGCGUAAAAAUAGCUAACACUGAUUAUUGAUUACGAGUUAGGUAAUUAAUACGGUAUUUUCGUUGUAUAAAUAAUGAUUGUCUCGUAUAAAUGAACACAUACUUAAAAAAGAAGGUUGCACGGAUAAGCAGUUUAGCAUUCAAGUGCAGGAGAUAAAAUGGUCUAGUUUUGAUUUACAACAAAUUGGGCACGUGAAUCGCUUUUUAAAAGGGUUAUUUAUGGUGUCUGGCAUUUAGGUGACACGUUAAGAAUACGUACGCCACCAAAAUGGAUAGUCUAAAUCCAACAGCUUUACCGAGAUUAAAACGUUCUAUGAUUGUGAUGGUACUAUUGGAGAUUAUUAUAACAUUCCCAGUGAAUUCCGCGGAAUUACCAAACCUCAACCGCGAAGUAUCUCGAAACUCGAGAGAUUCUCCACGCCUCAUAGACAAUGCGGAGUCAGACUCGCGACUCCUGCGGCGGUCCAAGCGCUAUAUAGAAUGGGGACCGGAUGUCGCCGGUCCAUACUGCGCCACGCGGCGCGGUGGCUGCUGCCCCAACCGCAUUGACUCGUGCGCCGUGCCGAUUCUAGACACCUUGUGCUACUGUGAUGAGUUCUGUGACCGAGAGAGGAGUGACUGUUGUCCCGACUUCCGGUCCUUCUGUAGGGGCACGCGGCCCACAACGCCCACAACGCCCAGUAACAUUACCACGCCAUGUGAAUAUAAAGACCGCUAUUACGGACAAAAUGACACUAUUCAAGAAAACUGCAAUUUAUGUCGAUGUGCCCCGGACUCCCGCAGUAAGAGCGGCUACUCAUUCAAGUGUGAAAAUGACGUCUGCCUUAUACGUGAAAACGUUAUCAACAUCGUCAACAACCACCCUGAAAAAUACUGGUGGCGCGCGUCCAACUACUCACAGUUCUGGGGACUCAGUCUCGCGGAGGGCCGGAGGUACCGCCUGGGUACGCAUAAACCGGACGACCUAGUCCUCACCAUGACGCCAAUAAAGAUACAACCAAACGGACGACUUCUUCAGAGUUUUGAUGCACGGAUAAAGUGGGGACGUUUCGUGCACGGGAUAAGGGAUCAGGGUAAUUGUGCAUCCUCCUGGGCGUUCUCCACCACAGCCAUGGCAGCGGACCGGCUGAGUAUCGAGUCUAAGGGCGUGGCUGCGCAGAAUUUGUCCCCUCAGAAUCUGCUCUCGUGCAACCGGCAUGGACAGGACGGAUGCCGGGGAGGCAGCCUCGACCGCGCUUGGUGGUACAUUAGGCAACGAGGAUUGACCACGGAAGACUGUUACCCGUAUGUGAGCGGAAGUACCGGCACUGAGGGGCGGUGUCAGGUGCGGGAGGGACAGACGAUCGGGCCGUGUCUGCGUGGAGACCGUGUGUUCCAAUCUACGCCCCCGUAUAGGAUCGCUAUGAAGGAAUAUGACAUAAUGACGGAAAUAGAACAAAACGGACCCGUCCAGGCGACGUUCAAGGUACAGGCCGAUUUCUUCAUGUAUAAGUCUGGUGUCUACCGGUACUCGCGUGUAGGGCCAGAACCCAGGGACGAACGGAACCUCUACCACUCCGUCAGGAUCAUUGGGUGGGGAGAGGAACGUGUUGGCCGGCGAGUGUUGAAGUACUGGCGUUGUGCAAACUCAUGGGGAACUGAUUGGGGUGAAGAUGGCUACUUCCGGAUUGCGCGAGGUGAAAACGAAUGUGAAAUAGAAUCGUUUGUGGUCGGAGCCUGGGGAAAAGUGGCGGGAGAUGACGAGUUACAAGCAUUGUUGUUAAGCUCGCGCAGAGAACGCUAUGAACGCUUCGAGGCAAACAGAAGAAACAGACGACAUUUGAGAAGACGAAGGAAACGUCACCAUAAAGCCAAAAAUUAGGGAUUUUUUACUGAUUUUUUAGACAUUCUAAUUCAUCAGAGGUUUGAUAGUGUAAUCUGUACGUGCAUCAUCGCUCUGACAUACGAGAAGGUUUUUUUUUUAAAUGGAGAGACGUUAUGAUUAAGAUCUACUAUGUACGUUAUUCGAGUCACGUGCAGAGAUUUACGUGUAUGCAGUCAGGUUUAGUGAUCAAAACAACUUCCAGGCGUGAAGUAGAUAUUGCGUUCAUAACUAAAUAACUUUCGUACACCGUAUACCGAAUAUAAUCUAAAUUGUUUUACAUUUAUGUAAAUAUUAAGUAUAUCGAACCGAGAAAAGUGCGUGUUUUACACUGUAUCCAAGACAUCGAACUGCUAAAAGUGUAGAUAGACGCUGAUGAAUACACUUUCGAAGCGGCAGAAGGAAAAGUGACGUUGCAAACGUUUUAUAAAUAGUGCCCACGUCCAGGGUAAACUUUGUGACAUUUUGUGCUUAAUAAAUUAUUGUAAUCUCUGUUGCAUAAUAUUUAUGAUAAACAUAUACCACGA